AUGUCUGGAGCCGUCAUCGACCACGCCGAGGAGAACCAACGUCUCCGCCGACAAAUCGAAUCGCUCCACCUGGAACUCCACGCACAACGAGAGCUCUUCCGCUCGAUUUUUGGAAUGGAAAAUGCUGACUUGCAACUGGAAAACCAGAACCUCAAGGGCCAGCUUCAACAGGCUUUUGAGGACAAGCGAAGAUUCAAUGAGCUGGUGGAAGAGAUGGAGGAAGAGAAGCAGAAGAUGAUUCUGGAUCAUUCGGAGGAGAUGAAGAAGGCACAGGAGCGGAUCAAAUUCUUCAAGGAAGAGGUACAGGAGCUCCAGGAGACGAUCGACGAUCUCGAUGGAGACAUGGAGCGAGUCAUGAGAUUGGAGGCGGUUUGGAAGAGUGAGGAGCAGGAUUUGAAGGAGUCGAGAGAGGCGGUGAAGGUGUUAGAGAAGAAUGUUCGUGGUGCUCGCGCAUGGAUUGAGCAACAACGCCGAGAUGGUGCCGCAGAUGCUACUGACGACACCUCCGACACUGAUGCCUCUGAUUCCUCCGUCUCCUCCGAAGACGCCUCACAGCGACACCGACGACACCUACGAUGA